AUGUAUAACCAUGACGUUCAUCUAAACGAAUACAACAAAUUACAAAGUAUUUACAAAUACUAUAUCGAUUCAUAUCUUGCAUUGUAUCAGCUAAAAACGGAAAAAGAAGAAGAAUUAAAGUCAAUUUACAAAAUGAUCAAAACAGAAUUGAUUGAUUCAAAGAAAUAUCUCCCCACAAAUGCUAUUAAAGACAUUUUAAAUAUCAUUCUGUGUAAUAAUCGCUAUGCAAAGUCAUAUUUAUUUCUUACCAAACUCAUAUCUGAUAAUUACCAUGUCACAGAGGUCAGCAGUAUUGCACAUAUUUCAAAUUUCCUGUUUUACAAAGAAUAUGGAAUUAAAUUAUACAAAUAUGAUGAUUUUAAAGAAAUUAACUCAGAAAAUCUGGAUAUUCAUAUCGAAGAUACAAUUUACAGAGCAAUUAUGAAUAAUGACAAAGAAAAAUUCAUCACAUUCACAGAAAGAGAUGAAUUUGAUAAAAAUCAAACGCUUGAAAGCGAUUUAUAUCCAUAUUCUAAAGAAGGAUAUUCAUUACUUGAAUUAUGCUGUUACCACGGAGCAGUUGAUUGUUUCAAGUUAUUAAGAACGAAAUUCAGCUCAGAAAUAACUGAAAAAUGUCUUAGAUUUUCAUUUUUAGGAAGAAACAAAGAGAUCUUGAGUGAAUGCUUGAAAUAUCAAAAACCAGAUAAUGAAUGCAUGAAAUAUGCAAUUAUUUCACACAACAUUGAUUUUGUUACAUUCUUGAUGAAUGAGUACAAUAUAGAGAUCGAUUUAGAUUAUUGUGGAAUGUAUAAUAAUCUUGAAUCAUUUUUAGUUUAUUUCGAUCAAACUAAUGAUAUAAACAAAUGCUUUGUUUAUUCAACGAUGUUUAAUAUUCCAUCUCUUUGUGAAUAUUUCCUAUCAAAUGGUAUAAAUAUCAAUGCAAAAGAUAACUAUGGAGAAACCGCACUUCAUAUUGCAGCAGAAAAUAAUGGAAAAGAAAUAGCUGAACUUCUUAUUUCACAUGGUGCUAAUAUCAAUGAAAAAAAUGAAAUUGGACAAACCGCACUUCAUGAUACAUCAUGGAAUAAUAGUAAAGAAACUGCUGAAGUUCUUAUUUCACAUGGUGCGAAUCUCAAUGAAAAAGAUGAAUGUGGAUAUACCGCACUUCAUGUGACAGCUUUCAUUAAUAGUAAAGAAACUGCUGAAGUUCUUAUUUCACAUGGUGCGAAUCUCAAUGAAAAAGAUGAAUUUGGAUAUACCGCACUUCAUUAUGCAGUAUUAAAUAAUAGUAAAGAAAUUGCUGAAGCUCUUAUUUCACAUGGUAUAAAUAUCAAUGAAAAAAAUAAAUAUGGAGAAACCGCACUUCAUGUGACAGCAAUAAAUAAUUAUAAAGAAACUGCUGAAGUUCUUAUUUCACAUGGUGCGAAUCUCAAUGAAAAAGAUGAAUUUGGAGGAACCGCACUUCAUAUUGCAAUAAUGGAAAAUAGUAAAGAUUUUGCUGAAAUUCUUAUUUCACACGGUGCCAAAAAAAUAAUGUUAUAA